UUUUGAUACCUAAAAGAAAAAGAAAAAAAAGGAAAACAGUAUCUUAUUAUCUCUUCUAACGCUCCUCUGUCAGUUUCUUCAUCUCAGCUCAAUUUUAAGCGAAGAAGAAGAAGAAGAAGAAGAAGAAGAAGAUUGAAGAUAAUGGCCGACAAUUGCUUGUUUAGUGAAGUAGAAAUGGCGAUCGAUGAAGCUGUCGGCCACCCGCAAGCUUAUGCCAAGCUCUGCCGCGAUCGACAAGCUGGAUUGUACACUCAUGGUCCUCCUUUCACCUUCACGCCUUAUAGUCUCAAGAAACGAGAGACCGCAACAGCACGAGAACUUGAUAAGUUGUUUCCAAUUAUAAAUCCAAAGGCAAAGCCUACUACGAAGCCUAAGCUUUUUGUGAGUCUCUUAUGGAAGCAACUCAAUCAUCUCGGGAAUGCUGGCUUUGAUCCUGCAGUAAUUCGAGUUGACCAUUACGGCAAUGUUCUGUAUUAUCAUGCUGAUUCUGCUUCACCACUUGCUUGGGAUAUUGAUCAUUGGUUUCCCUGCUCAAGAGGAGGACUGACUGUUCCAAGCAAUUUACGGAUACUACAAUGGCAAGCCUGCAAGAGGAAGCAUCACAAGUUAGAGUUCUUGGUCCCUUGGUGGGAUUUUCAAUUAGGUAUCUCUGUAAACCAGUUUCUAUCAAUCUUUGCUUCAUCCAACUCAGAUUUCAGGCGUAGAGCAUUUUCUUUUUUGUUCUUUGAAGGCGAAAAUGAAGAGCUGAAUACUUCACAGACAGUUGAAUCUCACUCUUUUCCACAACAUUUUGUGGAAGCCAAAGAGCGACUCGGCUUUGCUCCAGCUGCCAUCGUUUUAUCUCGAAGAGAAUGUUAUGAUUCUUCAUCACCUUUGAGAUCAUUGGACUACAAUAGGCAACCAAGACCAAGUAUCCCUAUAGUUGCUGCACGAAAAGUGAAACCUGAACUUCUUAAAGAGAAUGAAAACCCGGACUUCAUUGCAAACCCUUACCAAGCCAUUGUCAUGGCCAGAGAUUCCCUUAGACAAAGAGAUGAAAGGGCAAAGCUGAAGGCUGAAAUACAGAGAGUGGAUGGUGAAGUGAAUGAUAUGAAGCUAAAUAAUGAAGAAGAGAAGCUCACAAUUCAGGACUUGGAACUGAAAUUAAUUAAGCAUAAACGAAGAGCAGAGAAAUGUAGGCGAUUAGCAGAGGCACAAUCAUCUCAUAAGACAAUGCUGGAGAAGAUGAUCCGGGAUACCAUGCACCAGAGUGUUAUUUACAAGGAGCAGUUGAGGCUAAACCAAGCAGCGAGUAAUGCGCUAAUGGCCCGGCUUGAAGCACAGAAGGCAAUUUGUAAUGCUGCCGAGAAGGAUCUCUACCAAAAAUAUAGACAGAGAGAUGAGCUGGAGAAACAGUUGAGGCCUGAACACGAUCAGGCUCGAAAAAGAUUAAGAAUGGACAAAAUGCUAUUGGAAGAAACAGACUCUAAAACUCCAACUUUCUUUUUGCCAGGAAUCAAGCCAAAGACACCUACACACAAAGAGCUCAGACUAUUUCUAGAGGAAGAACAAAGAGCUUCUGAAUGUGGUUUGUCUCAAAAUGGAGAGCAGAACCAAAAGGAAAGUGAUGUGGCCAUGGAGAAGCCUGGUGAACAUGAGAACAGCAAAGCAAUUGUUCCAUUAGCGGAAGAAAGCUUAAUUACUCAAAGGUUUCAAAACCUAGAAAUAGGAGAAGCAAAGAGACACGACAUGCUGCUAUUCCCUUUCAUGCAAGAGUCAGAUGUCGAAGAAGAAGAAGAAGACGAAGAGAGUAGAAAACAACGAGGGAAAGGAAACAUUGAGAAGUGGCUUCAAAUGCUGUUGGAUGAGAACCAAGAAGAUGCACGUCUCCAAAAUGAAGAUGAAAGCAGCAGAAGCACAAAAAUGAAUGCAAAUUCCCCACAGAAGGAGGUCGAUGUCUCGACGACUACAGAAGAGAAAAACAACAAAGAGACGGGUGAUAAAGAACGUACUGUUGAAGAGAAAGACAGGAUUGACAGCAAAAGCGAAAAAGACGUGAACAUUGAAGAGAGUGAAAAGAAAGAGCAGAGUGGAAAGGAAAUAAAAUUCACAAGAUCAGACAGUGCAAGGAUAUUUAGGAGAAUCCCAUCAUCACCAUCUCUGAUCUUAGGGAUGAAAAGGGGAGUAGACUGUAUGGGAAAGAAACCAAUGGUAAGUGGGGACGACAACGUCGAUGUUGAAGAUCAUGCUUCGAGAAACAGCUUUAUCAAAUCUUCUAUCAAGACACUCAAGAAGGCAGUUAUUAGGACAUGAAACUUCCCUGUUUCGAUUAUGCCAGUGUUGUCUGUAUGAGAAUGUCCAUAAGUUCUUUUUUUUCUUUUUUUUCCCUUUUGUUAUUCUGGGUGUUGUUGGUUACUUGCAAAACCAAUAAAUCACUGCAUUUAGGCGCUCAAUGCAAAAGAUUCACCUCAUUUUUUUUCUUGGUUAUGUUUGUAAUAUAAGGCUUUUUGGUGUGAUAUAAAUACUCUAAAUUUAUUUAUUUAUUUUAACAACUAAACAACACUGUCUUUUAUC